AUGGCCCCUGAUGCCCAUGAUCCUAUUGACCGCGAGGACGCCCCGUUUCUCGCUUCUUCCCCGGAAAGCAGCACCUCCAACCGUCGUACCGGGGACGAGGACGACGAGGCGGACCUUAAGAAUGUCUACAGCGACAACGACGACGACGACGACGAUGAGCGCAAUGGGACCCAAGCAAUCGAGAGAAUCCGCUUUCGCUUCAUGGUUACUCUCUUCGCCAUGAUCCUCGCGUUCGAGGUCGGCAUCGUGAUGGCCAAUGGGCCCAUGACGCGCAUCUACGAGUCCAUCGCCUGUCGGCAGUACUACGCCGAGUAUGACCCGCGCCAGAUCGCGGCCGACGGGCAGGUGCCUGAGUCGCUGUGCAAGAUCAAAGAGGUGCAGACGGAGCUGGCGGCCGUGAAGGGGUACAUGGAGUUCUUUGACGGGGUUCUGAGUGCAUUUCUGGCGAUUCCGUACGGUCUGCUGGCGGACCGGAUCGGCCGGAAGCCGAUUAUCUGCUUGAGUAUUCCGGCGUUUGCGCUCAAUUCGGUGAUCAUGUUUGCGGUCAUGUGGUAUUCGGAUAUCUUCCCGCUGAGGGCGGUUUGGGCGUCUUGUCUCGCUUGGUUGUUGGGUGGGGGGCCUGUUGUUGCCUUUGCCAUUAUUUGGACGAUGAUGUCGGACGUGACGGCGGAAGAUGAAAGGGCUGCGAUGUUCUUCAGAUUCGGGGUGGUCAGUAUGGGCGCCGACUUCGCCUCCAGCGCCGUCAGCUCAUGGAUGAUGACGUGGGAUCCGUGGCUGCCCCUCGUGAUCGGCUGGGGCAUUGUUCUGGCUGGUGUUCUUUGCGCGAUCACGCUGCCAGAAACCAUGCAUCUUUCGUCCGCUCGGCGUACAGAACGCUCGGCCAGCGUGGAACUUGCCCACUUUGCAUCUGAGAAUGGCGACCAGAAGGGGGUUAUACAGAAAGAGGAACGGCAGAUAAGCCCUGAUGAUAGUGAUAUGGAUAGCGUUGAAGGCGAUCAAUUACCCUUUACCUUGCGAUCAGCACCCAAACGGCCCUUCCUGCGGAGGGUAUACUCGCGCAGUCGGCAGUAUCUCGCACCUUACUCUUUCAUUUUCCGCAACAAGCAGAUCAUACUCCUCCUCACAGCUUUUCUAGUCUACCGGCUGAGCCGUGGCUCUUCCUGGUUUCUGGUCCAGUACAUUUCGACUCGGUACCAAUGGACCCUUGCGGAAGCCAACCUUCUCAUCUCCUUCAAACCGGCUCUGACCAUCCCACUCUUCCUGUUCAUCCUGCCGGCACUCUCUCGGCACCUCCUUCGCGGCAUGCACACGAGCAAGAAGGAUCUCCAGCUGGCCCGCAUCAGCAUUAUCUGCCUCUGUCUGGGUACACUCGGGAUCGGGCUGUCUCCGUCCAUUGCCAUGUUGGUUCCCAGUCUGCUUGUGCAGACGGCGGGAUCGGGCUUCCUCUACUUGAUCCGGUCAUUGGUCACGACACUGGUGAAACAAGAAGAGACUGCGAGAUUGUUUACUAUCAUUGAAGUUUUGCAGGCUGUGGGUAACGUUAUCGCCAGUUUGUCCAUCACUACGGUGUUCCAGCUGGGUCUGGAACUAGGCGGUUCCUGGAUCGGCCUCGCUUGGAUGAUGACGAGUACAGCAUUUGCAUUAGUCGGUGCUGCGGUCUGGUGUUUCAAAUUGCCUCCAGUCGUCGAGAGUAAAAGUGAGGUCGAAGUCUGA